AUGGGCUCAGAGUGCCCAAAGCUGCGUGCCUUCCACCUCUUAAAGAACAGAUACAGCCUUGGAUUCAUAUUCAAAAGAAACAGGGCGGUGCUGCACUACGGCCCGGCCUGCCUCAGCCCCUGCGGGAAGGUCCCGGUGCUGCACAUCUUCGGGCAGCAGCCCCUGGACGUCGGGCGCUGUGCGGAGGCCUUCCGGGAGCUCUACCCCGACCGGCAGAGCCGUGUGGUGGUGCUGAGCGAUGUGGUCUAUGCCCAUGCAAUGGGUGAACUGGAACAGCAGUUGUGCCUCGAGUACCCCAAUAUCGUUUUCUCCAGGGUGGUGUGUGAGGACCCUCCUGGUCCCGCCCCACCUGGGGAGGUGCAGCAAUUUGGCCGCCGGAUCCCAGUGGAAGCACCGGGAGGGCUCCAGGACUGUGCCAUGUUCUACGUGGGAGCUGAGGGCCUGGCCCUCACCAACUUCAUGCUGACCUGGAACCACUGCUCCUUCAGCUCCUUUGAUCCCACCACCGGCUGCGGCCGCCGCGAGACCCUCAACGUCAACCGGGCCCUGAUGCGGCGGCUCCACUUGGCUGUGCUGCAGCACCUCCGGGAGCUUCUGUGCCGAGCCGGCAAGCGCAGCUACACGCUGGCUGUGGGGAAGCCAAACCCUGCCAAGCUGGCCAACUUCUUGGAAGUGGACAUCUUUGUCCUGGUGGCCUGCGCUCAGAACUCCCUGCUGGAUUCCAGUGAUUUCUACCGGCCUGUUGUGACCCCCUAUGAGUUGGAGCUGGCCUGCAACCCAGCCCGUGAAUGGACAGGGAACUACCUCACUGACUUCCGAGACCUGCUGCCAGGUGCCUGCGCGCAUGUCGAGCUCCCGCCUGCCGUCCCCGCGGCAGAGGCCGUUCCCGACGUCUCGCUGAUCACGGGGGAGAUGCGCGUCACCUGCCUCUGCGACCCCCCGGCCCCUCAGCUGCCCCCCAGCACUGCCCUGGCCUGCAGGGACCAGACACGGGCCCUCACCCAGAUCAGCCCAGCCGCUUCUUUCCUGGAGUUCCGCAGCUGGCGGGGCCUGGAGCAGCAGCUGGGACAGACACCUGUCUCCAAGGCUGUACAGGGCCGACGAGGGAUUGCCAUUGCCUAUGAGGACGAGAGGCACGAGCAACCCUGA